GUGAUAUAUUUUAUAUUAUCUAAUUUUAAACACAUAAAGUUAUCUUUUAUAUCCUUUUAUCACAAUAUGAAUCAAUAUGAUUAGAUAUUACUUGAUGCUAACGAAUGGUUUUGGAAAAAAAAUUCAAUUGAAUUGAAUUUGUUUUAGAACUCUUGUUGAACCAUACUGUAAUGUAUUUUUUGAUAAAGUUUAUUUCAUGUUAAGUUUUUAACAGAUGUGAAAAUAUUAAAAUUGAUGUGCUCCUAUAUGGAAAUGAUUCCCUGAUUCUGCUUGGAAAAUGAUUCAAUUCAUUGAAUCUAAAUCGGUUGAUUUCAAAUCGAAUUCUGAUGUUCUACGCUUGCGACGAGCAGAGGCGCGAAAACUCUACGUUUCACCGAAGAUGCAACUAUGUCUGUCUUGAUCUUUACGACUUCUAGGAAUUACGAAAACACGGAGGUCGAUUUCACGUCAUUGCGACCACAAUGCGUGUGUUAUGCGAAUAUUUACAUGUCUAUGAACCCCCGACAAUAUAAAUAUCCAUAUUAAAAUGUCCAUUGUGCAUCCGAUUUCUCGUCACUGAUACUCGCUGUGCCGUUAGUUUAUCGUCAACAGUUCCGAAAUAGCAAUAAGAAUGAGAAUAUCUUCCUUCAGAGGGAGAAAAAGAAAAAGAGAAAGAUCUCAGCAGUUAUAUUAUCAGAGGCAAGAAUCGAGAACAAGCCAUUAUUGUGAGCGUUAACAAAUCGCUCACUGUUGAAGUUAUACAAACAUAGGUGAACUACGCUCUCACCUAUGUCCGUCGCGUUAAGAUAAGUGGAAACGAUACCUUAUUCAAAAAAAAAAAAGAAUGAACGCAUGGAAUUCGAUUUUCUCUUGAAGCGUAAUAACGAAAGAUCAUCGUCAUUUAUCGUCGAAACUUCAUUCCAGAAGCCACGAGGGAUCCCAGAUAGCUCUUUUUAUCUCUCGUCUCGUGAAUUUUUAACAGUGAGCAUAAAGAGCGAGAAUGAGCAAACGAGAAAGGAUACUUGAUUAAUUUUCAAAAAGUCAAGAUUAUCAAUUCUAAUUUAUUCAUCUAACGCUUUGAAGAAAAAGAUCUUUUGUAUGCCAGAACAGACUUGGCAACGAUCACUUCUGGAAAAUCUAUACAAGAAUCCUCUCUGGAAGGCUUUGGUUUCCCAUUAUUUGGACCUCGCUGUCUCUAUGGAUGAUCCUGCGUCACAUCAGAAGUGUAUAAAAGUCAAGAUGGAACCUUAUCUUGAUGCUUGCCUUACCCAGAGUAAUGCCACCACGAUGUGCGAUAUACCAUUUCACACAGCGGCGAACAAUUUGAUAUAUUGUCAGACUGGAGUAUUUACGGAUACGGCACAUAGUGUUAAAGCCAGUGUAUGUACAACAGAUACAAAAAAAUAUAUUGACAACAAACAAAGAUACAAGGCUAUAAGAAAAUGGAAACGACUUGAAAAAGAUAGACCAAUUAAUACUAUGGAAGAUUCUUUCAUAUUGAAACUUCUAUCUUUCAAUAUCCUGGCUCAAAACUUGUUGGAAGAUCAUUUAUAUCUCUAUACAAAUCACAACAAGAAAGCUUUAAAAUGGAAAACACGAAAAUCUCUCAUCAUACAAGAGAUAUUUGAAGCAGAGGCAAAUGUAAUAUGCCUCCAGGAAAUGCAGGAGGAGCAUCUGCUAGACUUUGUGGCUCCGUUUAAACAGCAUGGAUAUGAAUAUUUAUAUAAAAAGAGAACUAACAACAAGGUGGACGGCUUGCUCUUGUUAUAUCAUUCUGAUCAGUUCGUUUUGUUAGAUUAUGCAAAGGUGGAGUUAUAUCAAUCCAAAGUCGAGCUUCUAAAUAGAGAUAAUGUCGGAAUAAUCGUUAAAUUGUCUCUCAAAGAUAAUCCAGAAACGCAAGUAGUAAUCGCCACUACGCAUUUGUUAUAUAAUCCGAGACGCAACGAUGUACGAUUGGCGCAGAUACAGCUUUUAUUAGCGGAAAUAGAACGCAUUGCAUUCAUCGAGAACACUAUAACGGGCCCGAAAUAUUUACCAAUUAUAUUGGCGGGUGACUUCAAUUUGGAACCAUUCACAGGCGUUUAUAAGUUCCUGACAGAAGGUUCAUUUGAGUACUAUGGCAAAGGACGGAAUUUGGAACCUACUCAAUAUCGUUCCCUGUCCAACUGUUUAAUACCAUCACGAUUAUGUGUCACUGACAAUUGUCAGCAUUUUAAUAUCUUGACUCAAAGAUUGCGAAAGGAAGGCACUGGUAGAGUCAUGUUGGAAAACAGCGAAUCACAUCUUCAGAAAGAUGAGAAUAUAUCCACGCCUUGCAAUCUGCUACAACAAAACAUCAACAGCGAUACCAGUUAUACGCAAGUCAUCGAAAUCGUGCAAGGUCAUUCCGCAAAAUUCUCAUCCGGUACUCUAACACAUCCCUUUAACAUGCGCAGCGUUUAUACGCACACAGAUGCUCACGGUGAGAAAGAAGCGACGACGCAUCAAGAUGAAUGGAUUACUGUGGACUAUAUUUUCUACAGCAACAUACAACCUUUAGAAAAAUAUAUCCUACCUACAGUAAGCCAAUGCGCUGCAUUGAGAAUACCAAAUUUUGUAGUAGGUAGUGAUCAUUUAUGCUUAGGCGCUACCUUCCAGUUACCGAAAAAGAAAUCUAAACGCAACUUCUCAUCUUCUUAUAUGUUGAAAUAAAAUAUUUGAGCCUGUCUCAGAAUGCCAGUCACAAAUACGUCGUCUAUCCAAAAA